AUGAAACCUUCGAAACUUGAAAGACACUUCCAAUCAAAACAUAAGAAUUUAGCAAAUAAACCAAUUGAAUAUUUUGAAAGAAUGCGUAAUGACAUGCGAAAGCAAGUAAUUACUAUGAAAAAAAUGACAAUCGAAGAUAAAUCCUUGUUAAAGGCUUCUUAUUUGGUAGCACUUCAGAUCGCAAAAAAUAAAAAACCGUAUACGAUUGGAGAAGACCUAAUUAAGCCUUGCAUGUUACAAGCCGGUGAAGUAGUAUUGGGAAAGCAGGCUGUCAAGAAACUCAAAGAGAUUCCUAUGUCUGCUAACACUAUCAAACGCAGAAUUGAAGAAAUGGCUGAUGAUAUUGAAAAUCAAGUUAUAACAAUGAUGAAAAAUUCACCAUUUUAUUCAAUUCAACUUGACGAAUCGACGGACGUAAGUAAUAAAGCACUUCUUCUUUGUUUUGUGAGAGUUGAGUAUGGAGGAGGGCUACAGGAAGAACUUCUUUGUUCGCUCAACUUGCCAGGUAGAACAACUAGCUCUGAGAUUUUCGAAGCACUUGAUAGUUAUUUUCAGAAACACGGAAUUGAGUGGAAAAAGUGUAUUGGGAUAUGUACAGAUGGUGCUGCAAACAUGGUUGGACAUCUUUCAGGCAUUGUCGCAAAGGUGAAAAAUGUCGGUCACCCAGAUAUUUUGUCUACCCACUGCAUUUUGCAUCAUGAGCAACUUGCGUCAAAAAAAAUUUCCCCAGAACUAUACGAAGUAUUAUCCGAUGUUAUCAAAAUUGUAAAUCAUAUUCGACACAAAGCACUUAAUUCAAGGUUAUUUGAGUCACUUUGUGAAGAAAUGUGUUCCCAAUAUACACACCUUCUUCUUCGUGCAGAGGUAAGAUGGCUGUCGAGAGGGAAGAUUUUAACCCGACUGUUUACUCUACGUGAAGAAGUUAAAUUAUUUUUCCAACAGCAAAAUAAUGUGAAAUUUCAAGAACUUUUAUUCAAUGAUGAGUGGGUAGCCAAGCUUGCAUAUCUGGCAGAUAUUUUUUCGCUGUUAAAUGAAUUAAACAUAUCCAUUCAAGGACAACUUAAGGACGUGUUCACAGUACGAGACAAAAUGGAUGCUUUUCAAAAAAAAAUAUUACUUUGGCAAACACGGUUGGCUGAAGAGGAUCUACAAAUGUUUCAACAUUUUGAUGAAUAUAUGAAAGAAAAGGACGUUAACCAGCGAGUGGUAGCUAUUGUUCAACAGCAUUUAGAAUCACUUACAGAAUCUUUUUGUCGUUAUUUCCCAAAAAAAGAAGAUCCUAGACAUGGUAAUAUGUGGAUAAUAGAUCCAUUUGCAGCAAACAAUGAAAAUAAUAAGUUAAAUAUGAGCGAAAAAGAAAGCCUCAUCGAUUUAUCAUCCGACUCCUCACUCAAAACUAAGUUCCUGGAAUUAUCAAAAAGCCAUUUUUGGUUGUACGUUAAAAAUGAAUACCCUUUGUUGAGUGAAAAAGCAAUGAAAAUCUUAAUUCAAUUUUCAACUACGUAUUUAUGUGAAAAAACAUUUUCUUCGGUCACAGUUAUUAAGACACGGUACCGGUCUCAGCUAGAAAUAAGUAAAGCUCUACGACUUGCAGUGACUACAUUGGAGCCAAAAUUGCACGAAAUUCUUCAAAACAAACAGGAAUAA